UUUUCCCUAAAUUGGAGUGUGUUUGUUAGCGAAAGUGCGUUGAUUAGAACAAAAUUGUAUGAUGUAUUGUUCCUUAGUAGCAAAUAUAUCACUUUUCAUUUAAAUUUUGUAGUAAAAUGUCUCUUUAACCGCUAAUUCGUUGAAAUAAAUUUGAAGUAUAUUUUUUUAUUACAUAUAAAAAUUCUGCAUGUUCCCUAAGUUUUAUGAAACAUUACACGUCUUGGUAUAGGACAACAACUUAACGACUAUAUCAUUAAAAUGCCUGGUGUAAAGAGUAUCCAUGAAAGUGAUAAUGAAGAUCUUGAUCAAGAAACCGCAGAAAGUGAAAAAACUAGCAACGAUGAAAGUGAUUCAACUUCAGGAUCUGGUUUAGAUGAUGAUGACAGUUCAGAAAUGGAUGAAGAGGAUUGUGAAAGAAAGCGCAAUGAAUGUUUAGCUCAGAUGGCAGAGUUAGAAAAACAGUUUGUCCACAUGAAAGAACAAUUAUAUGUAGAGAGGAAUUCACAAGUGGAAAUCCAUUUAGAGCUUGUAAAAGCGGGAACUGCUGAUGAUUACACACAACCUCUUCAAGAACUACAACAGAAUUUAAAAAAUCGCCUUGAAGUUGCAGAAAUUUUGAAGAGAUUUAAGCUUGAUAAUAUUAAUAAUAUUAGCCAGUCAGAAAUACAGGCAGCCAAGCAGAAUCUUGAAAGUGAAAAGUCCUUAUUAUGGGAUUCUAUAAAAUCUGAUCUAGAAGAAAAAAUACGAAGAUUAGAAGAGGAUCGUAAUAGCAUUGACAUUACUUCAGAUUUGUGGAAUGAGCAAGUGAAUCAUAGGAAAAACAAACGUAAAGCAGAUCCACAUUGUUUAGGAAAACGUAAAAAGCCAGUUACUGUUACAGGACCCUAUAUUGUGUACAUGCUUCAUGAGAAUGAUAUUUUAGAAGAUUGGACAACUAUUAGAAAGGCAUUAAAAGCUUCCAAACAAAGUAGUGAAUAUGAAUUCAAUGCACCCGAGCAGAGGGUUUGUGCUCGAUUUGCUGAUGGAAAAUUGCUGUUUAAAGGCGAUUCCUUUAGGAAAGGGGAAUCGGUUAUUGUAGAUGAUAAAAUUGACAGUCCAUGGCCGGCCCAGGUGAUAUCUGUAAAUACAAGUGAAGUUUUGCUACAGAAACAAGAUGGAAGUUGGAAUAGGAUAUGCAUUAGUGAUUUACAGUGUGGCAAAUACCAUAUUCGUCAUUCUAUUGCAUAAAUAGUCUGUGAUUAAUUAAAAUGAUUUGGGGAAAA